GCGAAGAUGAAGAGAUUGGAGGACGAGAUGAAGAGGGUACAACAGGAGGAGGAAGAAAGAAGGAAGGCUGCUGAAGGAGAAGCGGCAGCAGAAGAAGAGAAAGAGAGGAUGAGAAUUGAGAGUGGAGAAGGAAGUAGUGGUGGCACGAUGAAGUGGGAUACAAAUACUGAGCUGGAGAAGAAGAUCAGCGAGUGGGUCGCUAAUUUAUCGUUGGGGGAAGACGAGGAGGCGGAGUCCUAUGUGACUAAGGAUGAGAAGGYUGCGCUGGSCGCUGARCUAGCRGCCAUGACAGACCCAAUGGAACGAAGAGAGAGGGAAGACGAGCAAAAGUUAGCAUGGAAGUUGAKAAUGAAGAGGGAGAAGAAGAGGAGGAGAGAGGAAGUGAAUAAGAUGACCGCCGCAGUGGCAAAGGUGCAGGAGUGUAGAGCGGAGGUGCUGGCCCAACCAGAUGAUAAGGCUGCCAAGUGGGACAAAGUACUGGGCUGUCUAGAGGUGUUGAGCAAGGCCUGGAUGGAGGAGCGUCAGGCAAGCUGGAGCCAGAAUGUAGCGUUGAGUGCCAUGUGGUCUGGGUUCAGGGAUUUUGCGCGCGAAAUCGUCACCCAUAUUGGGGGUGAAGUCAAGCAAUUGAGAGACAACGUAGGGAAGUUUUGUGAGGGUGCCAUUCAGGGUGCCAAAGCUGCAGCCGCUGUAGAAGGAGAGGCCAGACCCCGUAAGGACCCAGUAAAACUUAAGUUCCCAGACUCGUACGGGGGGAAGAAGGACGAGAACUUUGACAAUUGGGAACCCUGUGUCAAUAGUUACAUUUAUUUACAACAUAUUCUGAUGGAGGAGCAAGUCCUCGUGGCCUUCCAGGCCCUGAAGGACGAAGCGGCUAGCUUCGUCAUGUCUCUCGCGCGUACAGCCGGUUGUGAAAACAACCUGGUUGCAUAUUCUAAAGUCACCCCUCUUUCCCAAUUCCUCAGGCUUCUCAAGGAGCGUUUCGCUGACCCAAUGAGAGGCAUAAGAGCCUCUGACAAGCUUCAAACGAUCCACUCACGGCAGUGGAGGAGUGCCAAGGCACUCAAGGGUACCAUGUACGACUUGGUAGCCGUCCCGGACCAUGGGGGCACUGAGCCCCAGCUGGUUCAGUUGUUUUAUCGUGCCAUUCCAGAGGCCCUACAUGGGCAUUUCUUUGACAAGUCUCAGCAGACCGGCAUCACAUACGAUCAAUUGAUAGUCUACUUAGAUGAUAUCCUAGUCUUUAGUAAGACUCUUCAGGAGCACCAGGGUCAUCUGAGGCAGGUCUUGGGGAAGCUUAGAGAGGCUAACUUCAAGAUCAAUGCGAAGAAGUGCGAGUGGGCCAAGACGCAAGUCCUGUACUUGGGCCGCGUAUUAGACGGAGAUGGCAUUAAGCCCGAGGACAGCAAGAUAGCGGCGAUUAGAGAUUGGCUGACGCCCCGCACAUUGACAGAGUUGCGGUCGUUCCUAGGCUUAGCUAACUACUAUAGGAAGUUCGUAAGGAACUUCUCUACUAUUGCCGCUCCCUUGAGCACGUUGCUGAAGAAAGAGGCAAUCUGGCAAUGGGGCAAAGACUGUACGUCUGCGCUCAAGAAGUUAAAGCGUGCGUUAAUAGAAUAUCCUAUCUUCAAAGUAGCAGAUCCGUCCUUGCCAUUUUUCGUUACCACGGACGCAAGUCAGUAUGGGAUAGGCGCCGUGUUGCAGCAAGACGACGACAAUGGCUAUAGACCCGUCGAGUUCAUGUCAGCGAGGAUGCCCUGUGAGAAGGUUGCUACCUCCACGUACGGGAGAGAGCUCUACGCUCUCUGGCAGGCUUUAGACCAUUGGAAGCACUAUCUGCUUGGGAGGCACUUCAAAGUGUAUUCCGACCACGAGACACUCCGUUGGUUGAAGACACAGGCCAAGAUGACACCUAAGUUGACUAGGUGGGCCGCAGAGAUAGACCAAUUCGACUUUGAGCUCAAACCAGUGAAGGGCAAGUACAACGUAGUUGCGGAUGCUCUGAGUAGGAGAUCAGACCACUUUGGAGUCGUAGUACACUAUCUGGAUAUAGGGAGAGGCCUGCAGGAGAAAGUGAGACAAGCAUAUACACAUGACCCUAUAUAUAGUGACCUCCUAAAGAGAGUUAGAGAGGCCCCAGAGACCGCACCAGAUUACCGCCCUACAGACGGGUUGCUGUUUGAGAAGACUAAUGUGUUUGAUCGCCUGUGCAUUCCCAACAGCGAAGAGUCUGAUUCUAGGGGAAUGCCACGAUACUGAAGGGCAUUUCGGUUGGCAAAAGACAUUA